GAAUCUAUACUUUUAUUCAUUUUCACAUUAGCAUUAACAUUGCUAUAUAACAAGCUCCUCACAUUGAAAGGUUUCACCAUAGAGCAGAGAGAAAGAGGGAAAAUAUACAAAAGAGAGAAUGGGUCAGAACAAAACGAGAGUCCUCAUGCAAUUUGCAGCUCUUGCUGUGGUUUUAACCGCAGCGAUGAUGGUGGAAGAAGCGAAGAGCAUCCCAGUGUGUAACGUGGACUCAAGCGACGUGGAGAAAUGUCGUUCAGCUGCCACAGGAAACAACCCGCCACCUCCGGGACCUGACUGCUGCAACGUGGUCAAAACCGCUGAUCUACAAUGCUUCUGCCAGUUCAAGUCUUAUCUUCCAAGUUACGGGAUUAACCCAUCCAAUGUCAAGACUGUUCUGGCCCGGUGUGGUGCUAACACUCCCGCCUGUUUCCAAGCUUGAAGUACUGAGCUGGAGUCACGUCGGGUCUGCCGCAGGCUUUGCUCUAUCUUAAGUAUCUAAGUUAUAUAUGUACGACUAUGUCUUUUUACGUGUAUUAUUUUCAGUCUUAGCUUUAUCUUUAUAGAAGAACCAUGUUCUAUGCAUUAAUGGAAAAAAUAAAGUACUGGUUUUUUAGCUAA